CGUAGUGGUUCUCAGACAACAUGGCGACUUACUUGUGAGCCACGCUGGUGCUGGAUUAAUCGAGUAAAGCAAAAUAACCGCACUUAUCUGACGCUUAGAAGUUUAAGAAAUCAGUCAAAUAUGUCGGGUCGACACAAUAACAAGUUACCGACGAACCUCCCGCAGUUACAAAAUCUCAUCAAGAGGGAUCCGAAGUCUUAUACGGAGGAGUUUUUGCAGCAGUAUCGUCACUAUCAGUCAAAUGUCGAGAUCUUCAAACAUCAGCCGGAUAAACCCAACAAAGAUCUGGGUGAUCUGGUCAUGUUCCUUGCUCAGGUUGGACACUGUUACCUAGAAGAGCUGUCAACAUUCCCACAGGAGCUAACAAACCUCCUUCUAAACCACCAUACAGUCCUGGAGUCAGACCUUAGAAUGACGUUUUGUAAAGCCCUCAUCCUCCUAAGAAACAAAGAUUUGAUCAGUCCCACCAGUCUACUCGAGCUCUUCUUCGAGCUCCUGCGCUGUCACGACAAACUUUUGCGAAAGACGUUAUACACGCAUAUUGUGAGUGAUAUCAAAAAUAUCAAUGCCAAGCACAAAAACAACAAAUUGAAUACGACCUUACAGAAUUUCAUGUACACCAUGCUGAGGGAUUCAAACCCCAUCGCUGCCAAGAUCUCUCUUGAUGUGAUGGUCGAGUUGUACAGAAGAAACAUCUGGAAUGACGCUAAAACUGUGAACGUCAUCACAACAGCGUGUUUCUCCAAAAUCACAAAGCUCCUUGUAGCCGGAUUGAAAUUUUUCCUGGGAAAAGAUGAAGAUGAAGCAAAAAACAGUGAUUCAGAAUCUGAGGAUGAAGGACCAACAGUCAGAGAUCUUAUGGUCAGAUAUUCCACGGGUAAGAAGUCGUCCAAAAAUAAGAAGAAAAUGGAAAAAGCCAUGAAAGUUCUGAAGAAACAUAAAAAGAAGAAAAAAGUUGAGGUCUUUAAUUUCUCUGCUAUACACUUGAUCCAUGAUCCACAGGAUUUUGCAGAGAAGUUGUUGAAGCAGUUGGAGAGUUCGAAUGAGCGUUUUGAGGUGAAGAUCAUGUUGAUGGAGCUCAUCUCCAGACUCGUAGGAAUUCAUGAGCUUUUCCUAUUUAACUUCUACCCAUUUGUCCAGCGGUUUCUUCAGCCCCACCAAAGAGAGGUGACGAAGAUUUUGUUGUGUGCUGCCCAGUCGUCUCAUCAGUUGGUUCCUCCAGAGAUCAUUGAGCCUGUUAUCAUGACCAUCGCCAAUAACUUUGUAACGGACAGAAAUUCUGGAGAGGUCAUGACAGUUGGAAUCAACGCUAUCAAAGAAAUGGUCGCCCGCUGUCCUCUAUCUAUGUCGGAAGACCUUCUGCAAGAUCUCGCACAGUAUAAAUCUCACAAAGAUAAAAAUGUUGUGAUGUCUGCCAGAGGUCUUAUCCAACUCUUCAGAGAUUUGAAUCCACAAAUGCUACACAAAAGAGACCGGGGGAGGCCCACAGAAGCCUCUAAGGACGCCAAGAUCCAGAAUUAUGGCCAACUGGAGGCUAGGGACUACAUCCCUGGAGCUGAGGUGCUUGAGGUUGAGAAGACGGCCGAGGAAGAGGAUGAUGAAGAAGGCUGGGAGAGCGCUAGCAUGAGUGAGGAUGAUGAAGAUGGAGAAUGGGUGAAUGUGCAUCACUCAUCUGAUGAAGAUCAAACAGAAGUGGCUGAGAAAUUGCAAAGCAUCCCGGAGGACGAACGCAAGGCCAAGGCCGCCAUGGUCAGCACCAGUCGACUCCUCACGCAGGACGAUUUCAAAAAGAUCCGCAUCGCUCAGAUGACCAAAGAGGUCAAUGCCGCACCCGGCAAGGGUCAGAAGAGGAAGAACGAGGACGACGAUGAAGACAAUGAGAGAGGGGAGAUCCUCAGUCUGAGAGACAUUGAACGUCUUCACAAGAAACCCAAAUCUGAUAAAGAAACUCGACUGGCGACAGCAAUGGCUGGGCGGACAGACAGAAAAGAGUAUAUAAAAAAGAGGAGUAAACUGAACCCAUACGCCAGCACCAGCAACAAGGAGAAGAAACGAAAGAAGAACUUCAUGAUGAUGCGAUACAGUCAGGACGUGAGGACCAAAGGCAAACGCUCUUUCAGAGACAAACAGAUCGCAUUGAGAGACGCGCUACUGAAGAAGAGAAAAUACAAGUAACACAUAAAGGUCCUCACAUAAUCCAGAUUGUGUACAGAAGAUGCUUGUGAUAUAAGAUGCCGCCUUUGGUUGUGCUCACUGUCAUGUUGUCAAAAAUAAAUUUUAAAUAAUUGAA